AUGGACAAGGAAUAUCAAUAUAGUCCGAGCCGGAUAGUGGACUGGCAGUCUGGCGGAGGCGGAGCUUCGUACCUUGCGCACGGCAUGCAGUACAGCCGAGAGGAGGGUAGCCUGGUGGUGCCGCUUACAGGCUACUACAAUAUCUACUGCCAGAUACAAUUCAGACAUUUUCCGCCAGAGGGAGCUACAGACACGGGCUCCCCGCACAUGUCCUUCACGGUGUACCAGCUGCCCAGGUCACCCCCCGCCUACCGCAUCAUGACGGGAGGUGGUACAGUCCGCACCGUGCUGGAAGGUGGGCCGUGGGCGAAAACAUUUUACGUUGAAGGGGUGUUCAGGCUCCAGGCGAGGGACCACCUGUAUGUGACGGUGUCCGACUUGGACAAGGUGAACCCGAACGAAGAUGUCACGUAUUUUGGGGCGUUCUUAGUCUCGCGGUAAAAGACGAGGAAAAACAAAGAAAUAUUUCCAAUAUUUGCCUUAGAAGAAAAUCAAAAGAUUUUAGAGCAACGACAAUCCGUGACCACAUACAGUUAGCCUCUACCAGGCUUCAGAGUCGACUGGAAACAGUAAAAAUUGGCCACGUGGAGCAGCAAAUUGCACUCCCUUGGCAUGUGAUCCGUCUAUUUGGUUAAUUUCCACUUUUUCCUGCCGCCUCUGAAGCCUUGUAUACGUAGAGGCUACUAUACAGUUAAAACUGCCUUUGGAGACCACUUGAGGCACCAAAGAGAAUGGCCACAGUUGACAGGUGACCACUGUGAAGAAGAAUCUUAAUGUUUGUUGCCUGGUUUAACAGAAUACUUUACGUCUUUCUGUACUGGUUAUAACCAGAAAACCGACGAUAAUAUGUCGAUAUUAAUUUUAUCAUGAUCAUUUAUCCGGAAUCAGUGCAAUCAAUGAUGGCAUGAAACCCAGAAAAGCUAAG